AUCAAUUGCCCGUCGCCAGCUUCAAUUGGACUUGUUACAGCUUCAAAAUGUCUUUUCUGAGGUCCUCUGCGCUCCGCGCCUCCGCAUUCGCACGAGCUGCGCGCCCGACGAGGUAUAUCCGCACCGCCGAGCUUCAGCCGUGGCAACGAGCUGUUCAGCGCAGAACCUAUGCCACCGCACCCGGCUCGGACGGUAAGCCUCUAAGUAGUGACAUCCCAUGGAUUGCCACAGCUGUCGCUGGUACCGUCGUUGGCCUCUACGUGGCAGUAACCCAAGAUACCGACCACGGUGCCGAACACCAUCCCCUUGGUGAACCCCAUGGCGAAGGAGAUGCCAAGAAGCCUGGUACUGAGACACUUGUAGAGUACGAGAAGGAGGAGAACAAGCCCGACGAUGAGGAGGACAGCAAGGACGACUCCGACUCCUCCAAGGAUGAGUCCGAGGACAAAUCCAAGAAGGAGCCUACAAGUGACAAGCAAGAUCCCAACAAGGCCACCAAGGAGAACAGCGAGGAGAAGGACACGCAGUCUCCCGACCAAUCUGACAAGCCCGACCCUCGUAAGGAACAGACCAAGAGCUUCAACGAGACGUCUGGCAAGCAAAAGGGUCUCUCCAACGACAACACCGAACACUCGUCGCAAAUCUCCAAGCAACCCGAGAAGAGUAAGAAGGGAGAGGGUGUCGCGGAAACUGCUAAGCUGCAGGGAACCGUCUCGACUGACCGUCCACAACCUGAGAACAAGGAGGAACGUGGAAAAGCUCAAAUGAACAAGGACGAGUAAAGUGAAACGUCGUGCUAACACAUAACUUCGACUCCUAUAAUGCCCUCGCAGCGACCGCCCUAUUCGCUGUCCUUGUAUAAUGUUUGGAAUUCCAUGGGUCACGUCAUCGUCAAUAGUCUCUGACAAGACUUAGCUGGUUUGGAACCAGGAACUUGAAAGAUACAUGCUCUAUUCUA